AUGGUGAGCUACUUCGGAUGCCUUAGUGAAGAACAGGCCACACGCUACCUCCACUGGGCACGCGGUGAUCUCGUCCGGGCCGUCCUGCUGGUCGAGCACGAUCUGUACAAUGCCGAGCUUCCGAUCCCCAACCCGGCCUCCCAAAGGACGCAAGCCGCCCUCAAGUGCGCCGCAAUCUAUGUGUCGCACCCUGCGCCUGAUGUCCUUGUGCGGCUCCAGGCGUCGCCCCUGCCCCAACAGUGGCUUGACGCCGCCGCCCCGUUCCUCAAGCCGCAAGGGCGCAAGCUCACCCUCGAUGAUGUUGAGCUCAUCGUGCGUAUGCUGCGCCACCAGGACGGUGCCCCCCUUGAUCUCCAGGUCAAGUUGCUGCCAGACAGUGGUGAACUCACCGUUUACUAUCGCAACUUCAAUCCAGACGAAGCACAUCUAUCAACCCACAACACAAACUCUGUGAAUCAUGGAGGUAACUUCUCCCUGGUCACCUACAAGGUUGAGCGACAUGGAGACCGCUUGGCAUCCCUAUUCCCCCAGUCCCCCCGGGACAGGAGAUCCAUGAUAUCAUCUUGUUUGGAAGAUGCUGAGAAAGCCUAUCGAAGGGGCGGUCUGGUGGAGAGUUGCUGUGGCGAUGCCUGCGAAUACACCGAGUCUCUCAGGAUGCGGCUUCACAGCACGAUCCACGCCAUCUAUCUAAAAGUGUUCACCAUGCUGCCGCGCUCUAUGCGGCUCAUCCGCGACAUCUUGUUCGCUGGCCACUGCUAUGGCCCCAUGGACCCUGUCUCCAACAUCAUUGUCAACUCCAUUUGGCACAGCAUUUUCUACCCGCUACCCUUGACCGAAAUCGAAGAGUAUCACAUCAUCGACGCCCUAUCUAUGCUUCGCGUGGAGGUCCGUUCCUUGGAAGGCCUCAUCACCCUUGUCCGAGGAAACUUUGAUUCUGGCUGCUCGACGCAGCAGGUGAUGGAGCACCUCUCCUUGAAAUGCUGUGACCUCUCCCAGGAGACGCACACCUUGCAGCAGUGUGCUGCCGCAGCCGCAGCCGCUCGACACCCACAACAUGCUGCACUAGGGUCAUUCCUUGCGUCCCUGACGCCCAAUGUGCUGUAUGACCUACGGCGUUUGUUGACGACUGGCACCAAUGGUGUGAUCUCUCCUGAAUCUCUUGGCCAAAUAGAGCAGUUCCUCCGAUAUAAAGCAGUGACGUUGGAUCCCGAACCUCGCAAGGUGUCCGAAUUGUGCGAGGAGGCUAAGGUGACUCUGCAAAGAAUGAAGUCAUAUUAUGACAGCAUGAGCUUGUACCUUUGCUCUAAGCUUGAACAACUGCUGCAGAAAUAUGCCUCUGAGCAUCCUCUGGAACCAAAAUAUGUGCUAACUGUUAUCUGUGGUAUGGUGGCUGGUUCCGAGUCCUUAGACAGGGAGUGCUACCACGUCAAUUUUGUGGCUGCUUCCAAAUCAAGGACUGCUGGUAACAAACUCUUCUUCGCUGAACUCAAUUGGUCGUGUCCUGGUGAGCAGGCAAAACCAGAUUUCUGCUGCCCUCUACCCCUGAUACAUACUGGCCGUUGCUACUAUGGAAAGGGAACCGCGAGGAAGAUUGUGUAUCCAGAUUCAGUAGACUUUCUUGAGUGUGAUCAUGAUAUUACCGCCGAUGGAACCGAGCACACGGACGGGAUGCUGGACGUGGAUUUAAUGUUCGAUUUUAGGAGUGACGCCCAGUUUGCAGACGAUAUGAUGGGGUACUGUGAGCAUCAAAAAAAGUUGUUGCAGGAGGGCGAUGAGUAUUAA